AUGCGGUUUGGGAAAAGAGGCAAGUUGAGCCCCAGGUUUAUAGGACCGUAUGAGAUACUAGACCGAGUGGGAGCGGUGGCUUAUCGUUUGACACUUCCUCCUGAGUGGUCCUUUAUUCAUCCAGUUUUUAAUGUCUCAAUGCUGAGGAAAUGUAUAUCAGACUCAUCUCAGAUAAUCGAAGCCCCUACUAUACCACUUGAUGAAAAGUUGUCUUACGAGGAGGAGCCGAUGGCAAUUGUUGAUAGACAAGUAAGAAAGCUACGGUCAAAAGAGAUUGUGUUCGUUAAAGUCUUAUGGAGAAAUCAUACCGUUGAAGAAGCCACUUGGGAAGUAGAAAAAGAUAUGCAAGCGAAGUAUCCUCAUUUGUCUCAGUCUACAGGUACGAACUUGGGUUAA